AUGUGUUCUUCGAUCUAUGAGAGAUUUUGGAAUGGUGUGCAGUGGGUGAUUGCACCUCAUGAACUCCCUGUACCAGAUGGUUAUGCAGUUUCUGUGUUCUGGAUCAAUCACAUAGUUCUUGCUCUUUCUGAAGCAGGAAUCUUAUACCAGAUGCAACAAAGUGAGAAUUCACAGCCGAUACGGAUUGAGUACACACCAAUUCAAGAUUCUAGCACAACCAUGUUCAUCAAAUAUUGUGUUAUAUCACAUAAUACAGAGAUCUAUUUCUGCACGAAAAAUGGGCUGCUAUUGGAGCUUACUGAGGCUGAUCAUCCAAGAUGGAUAAACCAUGGGAAGCCUCCUGGUGUAGAUGUUACAACCAUAGUAAAUGCUCCUAAAAUUAGGGCAUAG